AGGACAUAGGUCGAUAAACCCAAAACCCUAUACUUUCCGAAGACCUCAAAUUCUCGUCGCUAAUUCUCUGCUCUCGCCCUAGCAGUCGGUGCUUGACAUCGCCGCCGGCUCUCCGGAGCUCUAAAGACAUCCCAACCAGUCCAAAAGCCCAAAUAAAAACCACCACUGCUGUAACUCACGCAGGCAGCCUUCUGCGGUUGACGGUUCCGUUCCGCCUUCAAGCUUCAGCCUUCGACGUCGGCGUCCAGCACUCCAGGUCUCCAGCUCCAACUCGCCAAGCCUUCAAGAUUUCUGGUUAUCAGGUAUUCAGAUUCAUGGUAGGGAUUCUACGCAGUCCCACUGGUGGAGAGGAAUAUUCAGAACCUAAAACUCAACGCGAUCCAGAGCAGGUGGAAGCCAGUGACCUGCUUGCCGAACAAUUGCUUUUAGACUUGGAAGAAAACUCAAUUUCUUUUGCCGACUCAUUCCUUGAUUUUGAUAAUUUAAACUACUGGAUUGAUCAGGGAUCUGAAUCGCAUAGUAUGGAGUCUGCUGUCAAUGUUGAUAGCGUAUUUGGCUGUGAUGGAGCUCAUGAACAGGUAGAGUAUUCGGAGCACAAAGAAAAGAUCGGUUCAUUGAGCUAUUUGGAAGCUAAAAAGAUAUAUGAUAGUGAGGAAGUUAAAGUUAAGGAGGAGAUAGUGGUGAAUUCCGGAGAUGAGACGGUGGGGGAGUUGGGCUGUGUGACUGAGGACUUGAUUGAUCAGAAAUCGGACUCACGUAGUAUGCAGUCUGCUGUCAAUGUUGAUGGUGAAGAGGUAGAAUAUUCAGAGGAAAAAGAAAAGAUAGGCUCAUUAAGGUAUUUGGAAGCUGAAAAGAUAGAUUGUGGUGAGGAAGUCAAAGAGGAGGUAGUGGUGAAUUGUGGAGAUGAGAAGGUGAGGCAGUUGGGAUGUGUGAUUGAGAAGGAGAUGGGAAAAGUUAAUUUGAACGGCACAUAUAGUGUGAAGGAGGGUGUUGAAGCUAUGACUAGGGAGGCGGUUGUUGGAAUUACUGAAGAUAUGUAUUCUCAUGGUGUCAAGAGCAAUGAUAGUGAUCAUGAUGAACAAGUUAUUACCAUUAACACUGGAGACAAGAAAGAAGCAAUGGUUAAUGGAUCAAGGAUUGUUGGCAAAGAUGAGUCCGAUUCUGAUUCUGGAUGUGAUAGAGACAGUUUGUCUUCUUCUUCGUCUGCCUCCAGUAGUGAUGAUGAUGAUGAUGAGAAAGGAGUCAAUAUCAUCAAUAAGAGGGCUUCCGAAAUUGAAGAAGGCGAGAUUCUAGCAUGUACUUCGGAUGAUAUGGUUGCUUGGAGUGAUGAUGAUGAUGGUGUGGAAGGCAGUGGUCCAAAGGGCCCAAUAAGGUCGAAGAAUGAGCUUCAGGAACUUCCUUUUGUUCCACCUGUUAAUGUGACUAUACAACCCCAUCACCAGACCCUGCCCGUUGGAAACAUUUCUUCAAUACUUGGAGCUCAAGUUAUUGUUGAAGGCGUGGAGAAGCACAGUCCUCUUAACGAGGGCUCAAUCCUGUGGAUAACUCAAACCAGAUCCCCGCUUGGGAUAGUUGAUGAAAUUUUUGGGCCCGUCAAGAACCCUUACUACAUUGUAAGGUAUAAUUCCGAAGAUGAAGUGCCUGCUGGGAUACAGCAAGGAACAGUGGUUUCUUUUGUCCAAGAAUUUGCACACCACGUCCUUAACGACAAAAGUAUCUACAAGAAAGGUUAUGAUGCAUCUGGGGAAAACGACGAAGAAUUAUCAGAAGAGGGAGAGUUUUCGGACGACGAAAAGGAGGCAGAGUACAAGAGGAUGAUGAAGAUGAAAAAGAGGGGCACAAAUGAACACAAAUAUGGAGGGAACAAAAUGGAGAAGAAGAAGGUAAGAAAUCCACCAAUGUAUCAGAAACAUAAUCAAGUGAUAGAUGGUGGAAAUGUUACUAGCGGGAGCAUUAGUGUUCCAGUUGACCAAACCAAGACUCAAGGCUCCAACAAUGGUCAUUGGUCAAAUCCUGCAUCGACUCAAUCUGCACAGUUCCAUGGUUUCGGUGGUGCCCCUUCAAGUGGUGGAGGAUUGCCAUGUCAGCAGCAGCCACAGAACAAUGGGUUUCAGUCUCUUGCUAUGCCGCCGCAACAGCAGCAGCCACAAAACAAUGGGUUUCAGUCUUUCGCUAUGCCGCCGCAACAGCAACAGCAGCCACAAAACAAUGGGUUUCAGUCUUUCGCUAUGCCGCCGCAUCAGCAGCAGCAGCCACAAAACAAUGGGUUUCAAUCUUUCGCUAUGCCGCCGCAACAGCAGCAGCAGCAGCAGCCACAAAACAAUUGGUUUCAGUCUUUUGCUAUGCCACCGCAACAGCAACAACAGAUGAUGCCCUUCCCAGGUGGCUUACCUGGGAUGAACAUGCAGUGGGCCCAGCCUUUUUUCAACAUGCCUGUGGGUAAUAAUAUACCAAUGAAUAAUGUGGGUCCAAUGUUUCCGACUAACUUUGUGUUGCAUGGUGGACAGCCUAGUUUUGGUAUAUUCAACCAACCACCGCCACUUGGUGGACAAGGUUUACCCAUUAUGAAUCCCAGCCAACAACAAGUCUUACUCCCUAAAAAUGCAACACCUCAAAGUGAAUCUGGUAAUGAUUCUUGGCCCCAACCUCCUGGUGGACAGCCAAGUUUUGGGAUAUUCAACCAACCACCGCCACUUGGUGGACAAGGUUUACCCAUGAUGAAUCCCAGCCAACAAGUCUUGCUCCCUAACAAUGCAACGCCUCAAAGUGAACCUGGUAAAGAUUCCUGGUCGCAACCUUCUGGCACGCCGGAGCGUCCUAGGAAUUCUGAUCAACCUGGGAGCUUUCAAAGGAGCUUUCGCGGUGGCCGGCAAUCAAAUCACAGGGGUGGUGGCCGUUUUAGAGGCGGGAGGGGUAGACGGCAAAACAACAAUUGACUGGUCAAAUCAACAACUGGAAGUAUGUCUUCUCUAGGACAAAAAAACUAAUGUUUCGUGAAUUGAUAAUUUGAUAGCUAGUACUUGAGAAUGUAAUGCAGUGCAAUAAUGCAUUUGACCAAUUCUGUAUAAUAACUAGUUCAACUGGUUUGUGUGAUAUGAUAUUUUAUGCAUUUGUUUAUUCUUUGUGCUUAAACUUCUUCAGUCUCUUUAGUGUGAGGAAAUUUCUACCGUGCAUCUAAUAAUUAUGAAGGCACAGU